AUGGAUGGAUUAGAAUUUGGGUAUCACCCAAAAUACGGUUUUGCCUUAUUCGCAACUCGUGAUUUCCAAAAAGGAGAAAUUCUCUUGUCUGAAAAACCUCUUAUAGUCUCCCAAACCCUAACCUCUAAACGCGACAAAGCUUUCGUUUAUACUUAUGAUAUUGACUUGGAUGUCUUCUCAACCUUUAAAGCAUUCUUUGACUCUUCAAUAGAAAUACAAAACAUCAUUUUAAAUAAUUUCUAUCUUCCAUCAACUCCAGAAUUAAUGGAUACCGCAGAUGUUAAUCGAGACACGUUUAAGAGAGUGUUCUUAGUAUUUACCUUUAAUUCACAUGCUUUUGGAUCGGAUAAUUCACCUGCUAUUUUUGCGAUUGGAAGUAAAAUGAACCAUUCUUGUGAAGCAAAUACAUUUUAUCAAUCUAUUGAUAAUCAAUACGAAUUAGAACAAUGGGGGGCAGCUGUCAAAGCUUAUGAUGAACAAGAUUUCGACCUGGCCUUGGAUACGUUCGAGUACCUUCGUGGUAAUAUGCUUAUCGACUAUGAACAGUUAGGCCUCAAAUUCCGUCUUUACUCUUGUGAAGUCCUAUUCAACCGCGGACUUUGCUAUUUAUAUCUUGGUCAAACUGAUCAAGGACUUGGUGAUUUUUCAUUUGCAGUAAAAGAAAAACAAACAGAAGAGCAUGAUGUUAUUGAUGAAGCUAUUGAAGUUCAGGGAAAACUUAAAAAUGUUAAAACCAAGGAUUACUUGGGAAAAGCAAAAUUAGUUGCUGCAGUGGAUCCCGAGGAUGCAUUCACUGGUUUUACAGGUGCUCAACAACAAAAAAAAGCACAAAUGAGCACAACAUCACCGCUUAAUACAGGUAAAACCGACGGUGCGGUACUUGAUGUUCCUAGACCAGAGUCACCACCACCUGAGAAAGUGGUGAUUCGGCCCAAGUCUUUGUCAACUAAUCCAAAAUCACCACCUUUCCCCAUUCGUGCGACACGCGACCCUAGCUCAAGAAGGCGUCAAAAUGAAAGUGCUGAAAACAAAUCUUCUGUGCGAUCCGGAGCAUCUACUCCUUUAUUAGAUACCAAUGGAAAUUCGGAAUUAGAUGCACCAAUUUCUCGAAAUGUUUCGUUACGAAAACCAUCACCAAAUCGAUUACAAUUGCAAAAUAAUCCUCAACGUUCUAAUACAAUAGAUGGUGGACGUCCUUCACCAAAACUUCCUACUGUUCCAGUUCGGGUGAAUUCUGCUAGAGAAUCAAACCGUCCUCCCAUGCAAAGAUCUUCUAGUCUUAGAGAUCCGGUGGGAAAUUCUAAUCUUAGAGAUCCGUUAUCACGAUCAAACUCUCUUAGAGCGGUUUCUCCGAGAGGUGGUGUACGUACACCUCAAAGAUUAAAUACUGUUAAUCGGCAACAGUAUCUGCAGCAACAAAUGAAGAAUAUGACCGUCACAGAUGGCUAUAAUGAUUAUAAUCAAGAUCCGGGUCAAUAUGAUAACGAAGACUACAAUCAAAUAAGUCUAAAUGAACAACGUCGGACUCCAAGUCUACGAGGUCGUGGAGUUAACACCCCUUUAAAAGGAUCUAGUUUCAGGUCACCAUUGGGUUUGCAAGGUGGAUUAGCGACACCACCAACACCAGAAGAUGGUGACUAUGAUUACAGUAAUAUUGUGGAUGAUGGUUAUAUUUACGGUGAUGAAGAUGAACCACAAUUUGAAAUGAUCUCACCACCACAACAAAACUUUCAACAAUCAAGUGAAUCACUUAAAAUAGUUUCUAAGAUCAGGGUUAAAUGUUAUUAUAAAGAUAAAACGCCACGAGCAAUUAUGGUAUCCACAGACAUAGCAUAUGAGGAUCUCUCAAAAAGAAUACAGGAGAAAUUUUCAUUAAAUAAUCCUUUAAAAAUGAAGUACAAAGAUGAAGAUGGUACAAUGGUUAUGAUGGGUGAUCAAGAAGACCUAGAUAUGGCUAUUUCAAUUAUUCCUAUGUCUGCUACUGACGUUGGCAAGAUGGAGGUAUGGUUAUUUGUUAUAUUGUGA